UAAAUGAAAUUACAAUAUGAAUUAAGUCAUAAAAUUUAAAAAACUGACCAAGUCCAAAAUUUUGCCCAGGAAAAACGCUGGGACGACUAGUCCACCGGCGUCGACAACUGAAAGCUGGCACCCCCUUACAUGAGCGUCAUGAGACAAGCAGCAGCUUCAGAAAAAUCUUCUGAAAUUACUCUGAAGUGGAGAUGUGCCCAGAAAAGCUUCUUUUUUCUCUUCUAGUGAUAUCUGCGUUGCUUCCCGUGGCAUUGUCUCUAUCAACCCUCCUGCCUCCGGAAGAGAUUGAAGCCCUCAAACGCAUCGCCGAGGUAUUGAACAAAACUUACUGGAACUUCAGUGUAGACCCGUGCAGUCAAGAAGCUGGUUGGGUCUCUCAGAAUUUUGCAAUGGGAAAAGCGAAUGUUGCAAAUGUCCGGUGCAGUAAUUGCAAUAACGAUGGGAGCAUCUGCCAUGUGACAAGCAUUGUGCUCAAGGAACAAAAACUUAUGGGGACCCUACCACGUGAAAUGGCCUUACUUCCAUUCCUCCAAGAAAUUGAUCUCUCCCGCAACUUCCUUAGUGGUACAAUACCUGAUGAAUGGGCAACUCUUCCUCUGGUGAAUUUUUCUCUUCGUGGAAAUAGUAUCUCAGGCCAAAUUCCAUCAUGGAUUGGAAAAAUAACAACACUUCAACAUUUAAUACUAGAAGCAAAUCUAUUUACAGGUCCUCUUCCAAAGGAGCUGGGCUAUCUCCGAAACUUAACAAAACUUGAGUUCUCCGCAAAUGGAUUUUCUGGAGAAUUGCCUGACACUUUUUGUAACCUCACAAAUUUGCAACACUUUCAGAUUGGCAGUAACAACUUCUCAGGAAAAAUACCACAGUUCCUUGGAAAUUGGACACAGAUUCGGAUAAUGGAUCUUCAAGCAAGUGGUCUUCAAGGACCUAUUCCUACUGGAAUAUCACUUUUAAAGAACUUAAAUGACUUGCGAAUCAGUGAUAUUACUGAAAAUUCUGCUUUUCCACAGUUGGAGGGUAUGCAACAGUUGCAAUACCUAAUCUUAAGGAACUGUGGAAUAACUGGAGAGAUCCCCUCUUUCGUCAAAGCCUUCUCGAGUCUCAACCUCCUAGAUUUGAGCUACAACAUGUUAUCUGGGAUAAUUCUAUCAACCUUUGGAAGCUUGAAUCACGUCGACUUCAUAUUUCUAACCAGCAAUAAUAUGUCCGGCUCUGUUCCUGAUUGGAUACUUAAUGACAAAAACGAUAUUGAUCUUUCUUAUAACAACUACACUUUCGAAGGCGGCAAUGGUAAAACAUGCCAACUAAAUAACAUCAACUUACUGGGGAAUUUACACAAAGACGAUGAUCAAAGUGAGGGUGUGCCAUGUUUGGAGACCAUUCCCUGCAAUGGAGAGAAUUCAGCCAUUUACAUAAAUUGUGGAGGUGAGGAAGUGACUAUCAAUCACAAGACUUACGAGCAAGAUAGCGUUAAUAAUGGUGUUUCAACAUUUCGCUUGGGUACCAACUGGGCUGUUAGUAGCACUGGCUCUUUCCUGGAUUCUAGUGAUAAGAACAACUUCAUAGCUACCGCUAAGAACAAACUCUCCAUGCCAAACUUUGAAUUAUAUAAAAAUGCACGAAUCACACCCUUAUCUCUCACCUAUUUUGGGCUUUGUUUGUCAAAUGGGAAUUAUAGUGUUAAGCUACACUUCUCUGAGAUAAUAUUCAGUGAUUAUAAUGGACAUCCUAGCCCUGGAAGACGAAUCUUCGAUGUUUACAUACAGGGGGAACUAGUCUUGAAGGAUUUCAAUAUCAGAGAUGAAGCUAAUGGUUCAGAAAAGGCUAUUGUUAAAACAUUUCCUGCAGUUGUUACAAGGAAGACAUUGGAGAUUCGAUUCCAUUGGGCUGGAAGAGGAACAACUACUGUUCCUAUGAGUGGAUCGUAUGGUCCUCUCAUAUCAGCUAUAUCCGUCGAGUCAGCUUUCGAACCUCCGAGUAAAAGCAAAUGGUUUUUGAUCGGAAUCACUUCUGCGGCAAUAUCUGCUGCAAUUCUUCUUAUAUUUGUUGCUUGGAAGAAAGGCUAUUUCAGGUGCAAGGAAGCAAUUGACACUGAUCUGAGGGGUCUGGAAACUGUCUCCUUUUCUCUAAGACAAAUUUUAACUGCUACGAGCAACUUCAGUUCUUCUAACAAGAUCGGGGAAGGUGGUUUUGGAUCGGUGUACAAGGGCCGGCUACCAGAUGGAACUGUAAUAGCUGUGAAGCAGCUUUCUGCAAAUUCUAGUCAAGGAAAUCAUGAAUUUAUAAAUGAGAUAGGCAUGAUUUCUGCAUUACAACAUCCAAAUCUUGUAAAGCUUUAUGGAUGUUGCGUUGAAGGAAAUCAGUUAUUGUUGGUAUAUGAAUAUAUGGAAAAUAAUAGCCUUGCACGUGCUCUUUAUGGGCCAAAGCAAUGUCAGUUGAAGCUAGAUUGGUCCACCAGGCACAAGAUUUGUGUUGGCAUAGCAAAAGGUCUUACUUACUUGCACGAAGAGUCAAUGAUAAAGAUUGUUCAUAGAGACAUAAAAGCUACAAAUGUGUUGUUAGACAUUGAUCUUAACCCGAAAAUAUCAGAUUUUGGAUUGGCAAAGCUUGAUGAGAAGGGAAACACCCAUAUUAGCACCCGAAUUGUUGGAACAAUUGGAUAUAUGGCACCUGAAUAUGCAACACGAGGAUACUUGACAGAAAAGGCGGAUGUCUACAGCUUCGGUAUUGUUACUUUAGAGAUUAUAACUGGAAAAUACGUCUCCGGCUAUAUAAAUAAGGAAAAAUAUCAUCUUUUAGAUAUGGCAUAUGCAGCAAAAGAGGAAGGGGACUUACUGUCUCUUGUUGAUAAAAGACUGGGAGUGGAAUAUGAUCAGGAUGAAGCAUUGGGAAUGAUCAGUGUGGCUAUUCUGUGCGCACAUUCUUCACCACUUUACAGGCCUUCAAUGUCCAUUGCGUUGAAAAUGCUUACAGGAGAAACUGAAAUCCCAGACUUUGUUCCAGAUCCAUAUCGAUUCGGAGAGAAUCCAUAUGAGAUGGCUGCAAGCUCAGGAAGAAAUAUACAACCAUUUUAUAUUGGUAAGUUUGGGAAUGAUUUUAGGGAGUGGGAAUCAAAAACUGAUUGUGUUAGUUAUGAUUCUGAAUCUCACUCGUAUCUACUAGCAUCUUCUGCUCCAUGAUUUCUCAUUUGUUGCUAUGGAGAGAUUUCAUUUCUUUUUUCUUGGUGAGCUUCUGAGCUCAAUAAUAAUAGUUCUGGCACUUUUGCUCUGUGUUGUGAUUAAUAUUGGUGAAUAUUAGGGGCUGUUUGGCUACAUGUGGGAUUUAGUAAAUAUUGUAUGUUCUGAUUCAGUAAAAUAGUGAAGUUGUUUGGCAUGA